AUGCCCUUCCUGUCGUACAAGCGUGCCGUACAGCUGCGACAGGUGCUCAAGGAUACUCAGGCGAUAGUCGUCACUCCUGAGGAUGAAGGCUAUCCAGAGCUUAUCAGCCGAUGGAGCGAGGCUUGCGAGAAAGAAGCUGGUGCGGUCGUGAUGGCCACAUCGUCCCACGAGGUCGCACUAACCGUCACCUUCGCGACCGUCCACUACAUCCCCUUUGUGGUCCAGGGUGGUGGUUACAGCACGAGUGGCGCGUCCUCGACCCACGGUGGCAUCGUGAUCAACCUUUCAGCAAUGCGGGGCGCAACCUGGGCAGAGGUCGACCAGGCGGCCGAGCGCGAGGGGCUAGCCGUUGUCGGCUGCACGACGAGCGCUGCGGGUGUCGGGGGGACGACAUUGGGCGGCGGCUUCGGCUGGCUUACGGGGCGCCACGGUCUGGUCAUCGACAACCUGAUCAGCGUCAGGAUGGUGCUCUCCGAUGGCCGCGUCGUGAACGCGUCCGUAGCCGAGCAUCCGGACCUAUUUUGGGCGGUGCGGGGUGCUGGCCAGAGUUUCGGUGUGGCCACCGAGUUUGUUCUACGUGCUCACCGCCAGCGCUCGCCCAUCUUCGGCGGUUUGCUCUACUUGCCCAUUGACCAGCUGAACGCCGUAGUCAAGUUUGCGAACCAGUUUGAUGAGAAGGCAACGGGUGACGAGGGCCUGUUCUUCGGCUUCACCACCCGCCCGCCUGCCCUGCUGUCGACGGUGAUUGUCGCCUUGCUGUUCUAUAAUGGGCCGCGCGCCGCUGCUGAGGCCUUCUUUGCGCCGCUGCUAGCCCUAGGGCCUAUACAGAAUGAGACGCACGAGAUGCCAUAUCCGGAGAUGAACACUAUCCUGGGGCAGCUUGCCGCUCCGGGCGCCCGUAAGCGGAUGAGCGGCACGACGAUCAGUCUGCCUCUUGAACCCCAGAUCGUGCUUGAGAUCUACGAGGAUUUUGACCGGAUCAUGCAAUCUUACCCGCGCGUCGAAGGCAGCGUAGUUGCCUUUGAGCUGCUGCCGUAUGCCCGCGUUAUACAGGUGCCCGUCGGCGCGACGGCAUAUGCGAACCGGGGCCCGUAUCACAACGUUGCGACCGUCUUCCGUUGGCAUGACCCGGAACUGGACGCUAAAAUUACGAGUUUGGACCGUGCGCUGGUGCGCAAGAUCCGAGAGCGCGCCGGAGUCGCUGGCGUUGCAGGACACGGGGUGGGCCUCUAUGCCAACUACGCUGGACACGAAGCCAAUGCCCAAGAGCUUUUUGGGGACAAUCUGCCCCGCCUGCAGGAUCUCAAGAAGCACUACGAUCCGAAAAACAUGUUUCAAAAGUGGCAUAACCUUCUCAUUCCCACAAGUCCAGUUUGA